UUGUCUUGCAGAAUGUACAGUGUGUUGUUAGUUUAGUGAGCAGAGUGGACGGUCAGUGCGGUGCUUAACCGCCCCUAGUCGCAAGUUCACAUCAACAGUUUUCGUACAUCUACAAAGAAAAAAAAAUAAUAAUAAAUAAAUAAAUAAAAUUAUCCAACGAUAAUCAAUCGAAUCAAAGAAACAAAGAGAUCAAUUUGACUUUGUUUAAUCCGUGAGGAGCAACGAAAAAAUGGCCAUACAAAGAACGAUUUUAAUAUUGGCGGCGGUGUGUCUGGCUUACGCGGAAGUCGAUUUGAUAACGGAACCGAAACCGGGGCAGGAGUACGUGUUCCUGCAGACUUCCGGCGCCGGAUCCAGGCCCAUCGAGCGCAAGGAGAAGGCCACCGAAAAUGAGCGCGUUUUCGAGACUGCCCACAAACUGCCUCCAUCGUUGACCUUUGCCUUGAACAGUGCCGAAGACGAUGAAGUUAAGUCUUCGAAGCCUCACAAGAGGCAGGUUCCUGCUGGAGCCAUCAAGCUCGAUCCACUCAGAUUGAUCGAGAUGUACAAGGAUCAAUUGAAAACCACCACAAAGGCCACGCCCAAUAACAAAUCCUCGAAGAGGACCAAGAAGGAAGCCAAAUACGAUGUGACCACGCCGAACUCCAUUUUAACAACCGGCGCUCCGGUCCGCAGAUUCAUCGACACCGAUGACAUCCCUCUUGUAGCUGCAGGAAGCGAGAAGCAACGUUCCAGGAUCCAAGUCAAGAAAGGACCUAAUGGCCAAGAGUACGAGUACGAAUAUGUAUAUUAUUAUUACGAUGACGAAGAUGAGAAAACGGACGGAAAAGUUUCCAACUCCCACGAUGGCCCAGCCCGUAAUGAAAUCACUCAAAAACCUUCCAGAGGCAGAGGAACCACCGCCGCUCCUGAACCAGCCGUCAAUGAGGUCUUGCCAACAGGAAGAUCCCGCUCGCGAGGAAGGCAAUUGGAUAACGCUGACAGCGUUUCCGAAGAGAGGCUGCCGGCCAACACCAGGUUCCCACCGAGGAGCAGGAAUCUGAAUACCACUCCACUCCCCGAAGAAGAGGAAGAGAAGGAAGUUAAACCGACACGCAGUCGUACCAGGGGAAGACCCACCACCGAAGCUCCAGUCGAUACCGACAGUGUUUCCGAUGAAACCCAAGGAAGCCGUCGCACCCGUCCGGAUAACAGGAGACCAUCUCUGAUCGACAACGAGACCUUCAACACUCACACGACGGCCAGUGAACCACCAAGCGCAAGCGGACCAUCUUUCCCAUCAGAUCUCCCAGCUGGACCUGUAAGAUUCCUUGGAGCAACUCCAAAUGAAAAAUCUGAUCUCCCUGAAGCAGAAAAGCCCGUAAAGGAGAACGAAGAGGAUGAAGAAGAGGAGGAAGAUAAACCGGAAGAAACUGCUGCUCCUGCAGUCAACGACGAUGAUGUCGAAGCUGAAACUCCGGCCACCGAAACUAUUGCUCCUGAAGAUAUCACAACCAUGAUGUCGCCAAUGGACAAAAUGGCUCUGUAUCUGUACGCUGUAUCGAAGGGAACUGAAGAUAAUGAAGAAACUACUGAACCGAUAACUGAUAUGGACAUGGAUAUGGAAACCACCACUUUCGAAAUGACCACUGAAGUACCCACCACUGAAAUGCCAACCACCACCCCAAUUCCUACUACCACCACCACUACUACGACCACAACAACUACUCCAGCUCCAACAACCACCGUAGCUUCUGGACCAGUUUUCGGCAGAGGCAGGAAUCGUAACCGUGGAUUAACCGGAAAGAAGACCACCCAAGCUGCUGCUGCUGCUGCCACCACCGAAGCCACGCAAGAAACUAAACCAAAGGGUCGUUUCGGAAGACCGUCCUUCGGUAACAGACCAAAGCCCGGCGCACGCACCACCACCGCUUCUCCAGAAUCCCACGAUGAAGCUCAAAAAGAAGAUUCCAAGCCAGUGGGACAUGCUAGGCCAACAAUUGGAAGAUCUCGUUUUGGAACCAGCCGCACUCGUCAAACCACCGCAGCACCAUCCGAAUCAUCCGAUGACUCUGGAUCUGCAAGCUCCGCUGCGCCAGCAAGGCCAUCCUUGAGACCAAGACCUACCUUCAACUUGAGGACCAGAGGACGCACAACUGCAGCUCCAAGCGGUGACGGAGAAUCUGCUGCACCAGCCGAAGAAGGCGCACCAGAAGUAGCUAGCACUACUGCCAAACCCAGGGCCAGGAUCGGAGCUACCGGAAACGUCCGACCAUUGAGACCCGGUCCAAGAUUGAACUUGGGUGGUAGAGGACGUCUUGGAGCCACCACUCCAUCGACCGAAGCCCCGGCCGAACCAACUGCAGCUGUCGAUGAGGAGGAAGCACCAAAAGAGGAACAGACUUCAGAGAAGGAAGCGGAAGCCACUCCAGCUCCAGAUACCUCCAAUCCUUUGACCCGUUUGCGCAACAAGCAACGGCCGAGCCUUCAGGUGCGCCCGAAGGCUGCAGCCAGCGCACCGGUUCAGGUGAGAAGGGUGAACCCACUGUUGGCACGUCGCAGACCAGGCGUGACCCAAGAACCGUCCACCGAAGCCCCCAAAGAAGAACCAUCGACGGAAGCUUCCGAAGAACCUGAAGAUGAGGAAGGCGAUGAAGAAGCAGAGGCACCAGCUCCAAGCUCGACGACCACCACUGAGGAACCAAAGGGUUUGAACAAAUUGUUGGCUGCUCGCAGGAGAUUACCUCACAGGCAGCCAGGCACACUCGCCUAAGAAAAUGGGCCAAGCCCACGAUUUCUUGUAUCUUGUAUCAAGAAAUACCCGUUCAGCUGUGUUAAAAUAAAACUAUUUAAUAAUGUUAUUGCCGUUCCGCAUCGCGCAUCAACAAGAAGAACAUAUGGAUAAAAAGAAAAACACAACACGCCUCAAAAUGCGUGGGAGCCCCUCAAACAACCAGCACGCCACCAACACCAGCAUAAUGCAAAAUAAUAUUCAAUCCAAAUCAAAUUCCUAUUCCUUGUAUAUAAAUAUAAAUCUCUGAAAUAUAAACUUUCACUUCCACCUAAACGCCUGUAAAACUCAUCUAAGUGAUUUUAGUCUGACGAUAUUUUCUUAGCUACUAUUGACCCUUGCUCGAAACUAUUCCGAUACAUUUGAUUAAAUAUC